AAGGAUCAUGUAGAGAGCAUCAAAAUGAAAGGUAUCAGAAUGCCAAUCAGAAUGAUAUAUGUUACAACGUGACAUUCCACAGAAUGGCUCUACUCGUAGCCUUCGAACUUUGUGAUACACAUCACGUGUAAUCCACGUGCUCACGCCAACCAUUCCUCUUUUUUCUCCCUCUCGGAUUUCAAUUUUGAUGAAAUCCAGAAGAUGGUCGGAUGUGAGUAGCCGGCAGACCUUUCCUCCGAGUAUUAUUCCAUAGUUUUACAACUAUGGCUAGGUGCAGAUACGCCAGGAUUCAUACGCCGUUACUUUGGUUAGCCAAGAUCAUGCAUGUAUCCGGAGGUAUUCAAUUUGACAGUCUCACAAGUCACUACAGUUAGUUCAUUGUUCACGAGGUAUACUUGCUUAACUGCCAGAAUAUAGCCGUCAAGAAGGAAACAGUCACGAGUCCCCUAGUUACCUAUAUGAAGAAACAAACUAAUAAAAUCGACCAUCUCAAACUUCGGAGGAACCUAAGGGGUUGUUACUUUGGAACAUCAAACAAAACAAACGAAAAAAGCCGUUUGAACAGGAAACUACUACCUCAAGGUUUUCUUCAAUAAUCCGUCUCUCUUUUUUUGUACCUCAAGAGCCCAAAACCAAAAACCAUACAUCUCCUGAAGACAAUCCAAACGGUCGGGUCCACCAUUCAUGUUGUUGGGUAUAUAAAUCCCAACCACUCUUUUCCAAUCACGGCCCGAGGAUCCCGUCUAUCACCCAAUAACCGGCACGGAAGUGUCAACGAGUCCAUGUACCGCUUUUCAAUUCAUUUCGCAUUUAAAAUUUGAAUUACAUGUCGGCGAAAUGCCUAGUGCGGGCUGCGGCGAAGCAACCCCAAUUUCGAAUCAUCGGGAACGCCUUGCAGUUGAUAGCAAACAUUUCUACCAUUCACAAUCAACUCUUUGCGCCGAUUACCUUGGCCUCAUUAUUUGAUUGCAUUAUCAAGGUAACCCAAAGGUCAUUCCUUGUACUGUACAUACGGAGAUAUAUGUAAUUGAUGUCAAAGGAUUGAAGAUGCACAAUGCUGUCAGAUUAACCAAACAUUGCCAACAUGAUGCCUCGUACACGCAUGGACCUGCACAUGGAUUUCAAUUAAUAAAGGGACGGAAACCAACCUAGAGGGGAACAGAAUUAAAUAGGGGAGGUUCCACGAACGGUGACGGACCAAUUCAUAUUGAUCAAAUAGUGACAACGAGUCAAGCCAAGAUCUGGAUGAGAAGGAAGAAGUGCGAUAGCCUCAUCUAGAACUUGAAUCCUCUAUACACCGCUUUGAUUUCAAGGUGUUGAUACGAGAACAGUGAUUACUGGGAUAUUUCUAAUGAUCUGAGAUAUACUCCCAUCACAUAUCUUCUAGCUUGAAAGCAAUAUUGAUUAAUACGUCUAGUACAGGAAUGAGUACAGAGAAACCAUGGCACAUUGGCAGGAGAGUGGAUUGAUCGAUAAGCUCCAAGAUGAUAAUUUCAUUUGUUGAUAUGCUUCUAAACUAGGUAGAUUGCGAGAUGUAUGAGAUAUUGUGCUAAAUGUUGCAUACCCCGCAGCUUUCGGUUCUAGUUUAAACGACAGGACAGCUCUUCAACCAUUCAGAUCUCCCCUCUGACAAGCAUCAUUUAUCAACCUCCAAUCAAGAAAUUCAUAUUCCCACCAUUACAUGCAUCUUACUACUGCACAUCGAGCUGAGUCAAAGCAUCCAAGCAAAAGCCGGCAGAAAAUGUAUCACGAUGACUUACUUCUCUCCGGGGUCAAGGAAAAUUAUGAAAUGCAAUUAACUUUGCAUCCUCUUCACCAACAACCCACGUUCAUCCCCUGCCCAGUGUAACCAAAGCGCCGGAGAAAGACGAAAGGGUUUGGGGGCAGUUCGAGUUUCCUCAUCUUUUAUACCUAGGGAUGACUUCUACAGACCCUAGCAUUUGGUGGUAGCACAAAAGUUUACAAUAAACGCAGACGUGGAUCUGACGAUCUUUCCACUAGGAAAAUACAUGGAUGAUGACCAUUCACGUAUGCUCAUUUUCUCACCCUCCUCAUCCACACCACUUGUCAGCCUGUUUUUGCAAGUCGAGCCAGUCAUUCCCCUUGACUUUCCGUCCUCGCAAGCCGCGCUGGAAAUGAGAAAUCCAGAAGUAUGCUUGGGCUACCGAAUAUAUAUUAAUACAUGGCCAAUACUUAAAAUUAUGGAGAUGCAUCUCAGGCUCUUGUAGUGCGUGCGAUAGACCUAUGAUUGGCAUUUCAGCCGCUCAAAGUCACUGCAAGGACGGUUGGUAUCGUGUAUGUACCGUGGCCCGAUCGUAGACAGGCAUAUUUAUUGUUGUUUCUUCCGGCUUCUAUUCCUUGUCCACAUGUCAUGUCCUUGGAACAUGUACCGAGGAUACUUAAUGUCUGGAUGUGGCCGCCCCCCUCUAGUCAUCAGAUCACACCUAUAACAACAAAAUUCCCCAUCAUCAAACUUCACACAAAAUCUUGCUUGUCACACAAUAUUAGAUGAAUGGGCCAUCGACUAUAUCAUUAACAUCUCCACUUCCCCAGACGCCUUACAGGUUGUCCUAGGAUCCGAAGUGGUGCCAAGCGCUUCCAACGGUCUUCGGCAAGAUAUGCAAAGAAAGGGAUGUCAGCCCUGUUGACUACAAUCAAACGUUCCCAAGUACAUGAGAACGUAAGUAUCUUUGUAUCUAUACCCCAGCCUCACACGGUGAUCUUAUGAACCAAUCCACACGCGAGCCUGCAGCUCCCUCCGACACCUCUCUCGCGCAACAACCACCAAAAAACUUCUCGAACCUUCCCGACCUCGAAGAUUUCUCUGCAUUCUUUACCUUUCCCGCGCACUCACCCCCGAACAUCCAUCCAAUGUCUAAGCGUGUAGAUAGACAAGAAAUCGAUUCUAACGCGAGCUUUCAACUCUCACAUAAUCACCCAUCGACCACCGACACGUCUUCUCUCAAAUCCGAGAUUCCUUCGCCAGCUAGCUCGCGAAAUAAGAGACGCGCCUCGGGCCCUGCAACGGCAACGAAUACUUCGGUUUUCAAUAUGCAGGCGGGUUCAUCUAUUGCAGGACCUUCUUCGGCGGGUUUAGAUGAUCCCAAUAUGGCCUCGUCGAUGGCACCACCUGCUAAAAAGAGUCGUACCAAUACUCCUUGGACACCUGCUGAAGAGCAGAGAUUGAAGAAUAUGAGGGAUGCGGGUAAUAGCUGGGCGGAUAUUGCAAAGACUUUCCCAGCAAGAACUGAAGGAAGUGUUAAGAAGCACUGGUACAAGGACAUGCAUUAUGCGGAAUUCGCGGAAGAUGAGAGUCAGGCUUUGCUCGCGGCCAUCAAGGAUUACGAGGCGAAUAAGUGGAAGGCUAUUGGACAGAAAGUUGGAAAACCCGCCAAGGCUUGCGAACAGUACGCCAAAGAUAAUUUUGGCGGGAAAAUAUAAGGGGGGCGCUGGAUGGAAUCGGGUGGGAUAAUUUUGGCAUGCUCUUUUUCUCUCUCCUCUUUUUUUCGUUUCUUUCUUCAAAAUAUUUUCUUUUCGGGAAAUGUCUUCGGAAGGAAGUACAGGAUGUUGGCUUGGGUAUUGGAAUGGCUCGGCUCGGCUCUUGGGUUGAUCAUUCGGUUUUGAAGAGAAAGUUAUCUUACCUAUUUUUAUAUGUAUAAGCAAGUAAGCAUGGAUGGAUGUGUAUUUGUCCAUUGAAUUUAUGUUGAUUUUUCGUGCGCUUCUGUUUUUUUGGGUUUGCAACUUCUAUGCUUGGGUUGGGUUGGGACGGUUUGGUGGGUUUAUUGCAUGAUUGGUGAAUGGAUGGAUGGACGGAUGAAUGGUACGAUGAACGGAUCAUGGUUGGAAAUAAAGGCGCGUUUCUAUAUCACUAUUCAGGCGUUUGAAUAAGAGCUCAUCUCAUCUCAUCUCAUCUC